AUGUCACAGCCGCCAGGAGAUGAUGGCUCCUCCCCUCCCGCAGGCCCUCCUCUACGGCGUGAGCGUGCGCCUACCAUUACAAUAGAUACUUCCGCCGUGAGUGCUGUUGGUGAGCCAUCCCAACUCCAUGGACCUCCAGAUGGAAUACCGCCUCCACCGCGAAUUUCCACCGAAAAUUCAGAUGAAGGCUCCAGACUCCCCGACGAAACCACACCCACUGCUGAGCUGCGCUCUGUUAAUUCUUUUGAGGGAAGGGAUAAGGGAAGCCGCCCAACGUCGCCCCAUAACGUAUCGUCGCCAGCUGCAAAAUGGCCCGAAAGCCAAUCCCAUAACUUCUUAGCUGUUCCUGGGACUCGAUCGCGGGGGAACUCUCUAGAUUCGGAAGAGGUAAACAAUUCUCCUGGUUCUGUUUGGAGUGACACAUGUGUUGCGUCUGCACCUUCGGCUCAAGAUCGCCCGUCUCGAGAUGGUGAUCGCGAUGCACAUGAUAUUACGAAAGACCCCAAUGCACUGAAGCCGGAUCCCGGCACGGAGGAUGAUUUUGUAGUCGAAAACAAUAAAUUCGCAUUUAGCCCAGGCCAAUUGAACAAAAUGCUGAAUCCCAAAAGUUUAUCUGCAUUCUACGCUCUAGGUGGACUCGCAGGGCUUGAAAAGGGGUUGCGAUCAAAUUGCCAGACCGGCCUCAGUCUCGACGAAAUGGUUUUGGAGGGGAAGGUCAGCUUUGAGGAGGCAACCAAGCAGGGCGGCAGAAACCUUGAUACGCAGGAUCUAAAGUUGCGCCCCCGAGUUAUGAGCUUGAAAGUGGACACCGAUGAAAAGCAUGCGAAGGAGCGCAGAUACGUCGACCGAAAACUGGUCUUCAGUGACAAUCGACUGCCAGCGAAGAAAGCUAAAUCAUUCUGGGAACUCGCUUGGAUUGCCUACAAUGACAAGGUGUUGAUACUACUCUCUAUCGCAGCCGCGAUAUCUCUCGCUCUUGGAAUAUACCAGUCCUUGACAGCGGAAGACGGCGAACCCAGGAUACAAUGGGUUGAGGGAGUGGCUAUCAUCGUUGCUAUUGUAGUUGUGGUUGCUGUCGGUGCUGCUAACGACUGGCAAAAGGAACGGCAGUUUGUGAGGCUCAAUAAGAAAAAGGAGGACCGGAUGGUCAAGGUUAUGCGAUCUGGAAAAUCCGUGGAAAUAUCUGUUUAUGAUAUUCUUGCUGGGGAUGUGAUGCAUCUUGAGCCUGGUGACAUGGUUCCCGUUGAUGGCGUAUUUAUUGACGGCCAUAAUGUGAAAUGUGAUGAAUCUUCCGCAACCGGCGAAUCCGAUCUUUUGCGGAAAGUCCCCGGGAUGGAAGCAUAUCGAGCAAUUGAAAACCAUGAAAGUCUUUCGAAAAUUGACCCGUUUAUCCUCUCAGGCGCUAAAGUUUCUCAGGGUGUUGGCACCUUCCUUGUCACUUCUACGGGUAUUAAUUCCAGCUAUGGAAAGACCCUGAUGUCGCUCCAAGACGAGGGAGAGACAACUCCUUUACAGACGAAGCUUAACAUCCUUGCUACUUAUAUAGCAAAGCUUGGUCUUGCAGCAGGUCUAUUGCUCUUCUUGGUUUUAUUCAUCAAAUUUUUGGCGAGUUUGAAAAAUAUUCCAGGUGCUACUGCAAAAGGUCAAAAUUUCCUUCAGAUUUUUAUUGUUGCUGUCACUAUCAUUGUCGUUGCAGUCCCAGAGGGAUUACCACUCGCCGUUACACUAGCGCUUUCGUUCGCCACUAACAGAAUGUUGAAGGACAACAACUUGGUGCGUCUAUUAAGGGCUUGCGAGACCAUGGGUAAUGCGACCACUAUUUGCUCGGAUAAGACGGGUACACUCACCCAGAACAAAAUGACUAUUAUCGCUGGCACAAUUGGAACUGCUUCUCGCUUUGGUGAUAAAGCUAGCCAAGACACCUCUGAUCAAAAUAACCUCAGUCAAAAUCCUCCGGAAACGAACGACGUCUCGCCGACAGAAUGCAUCUCUACGUUAUCAUCCUCAGUCAAGGAUCUUUUGAAACAAUCUAUUGUAUUGAACUCGACCGCAUUCGAGGGUGAUGAAGAUGGAGUUACAACAUUUAUUGGGUCUAAAACUGAAACAGCACUCCUCAACUUUGCUCGAGAUUAUCUUGCCUUGGGAUCUCUUAGCGAAGAAAGAUCCAACGCAACGAUCGUUCAACUUAUUCCAUUUGACUCUGGUCGAAAAUGCAUGGGUGUCGUCAUGAAACUCUCUGAGGGCAAAUUCAGGUUACUUGUUAAGGGCGCUUCCGAGAUUCUCAUUGCAAAAUGCACAAAAAUUGUUCUCGACCCGGCCGGCGAGUUAGCCGAGGCUCCUCUCACGGACAGCAACAGGACUACUCUCAAUAAUAUUGUGGACAGUUAUGCAUCAAGAUCAUUACGCACAAUUGCUCUGGUCUACCGAGAUUAUGAACAGUGGCCCCCUCGCGGCGCUCCUACCCAAGAAUACGAUCGUAGCUUGGCGGUUUUUGAAUCAAUUUUCAAAGAAAUGGUUUUUCUGGGUGUUGUGGGCAUUCAAGAUCCUCUGCGUCCAGGUGUUACAGAUUCCGUCAUUCAAUGUCAAAAAGCUGGAGUGUUCGUCAGGAUGGUCACCGGCGAUAAUUUAACAACCGCUAAAGCUAUAGCCCAAGAGUGUGGCAUAUUUACGGCCGGCGGAAUUGCAAUGGAAGGCCCCGUAUUCCGGACCCUUCGUUCCCAGCAAAUGAGCCAGGUCAUACCAAGAUUGCAGGUCCUCGCGCGAUCCAGCCCAGAAGAUAAAAAGAAAUUGGUUUCUCAGUUGAAAAGGCUGGGCGAGACCGUAGCUGUCACUGGCGAUGGUACUAACGAUGCUCCAGCGCUGAAAGCAGCUGAUGUAGGUUUCUCUAUGGGCAUUGCUGGCACUGAAGUUGCUAAAGAGGCUUCUGCUAUAAUACUUAUGGAUGACAAUUUCACAUCUAUUGUGAAGGCCAUGGCUUGGGGGAGGACAGUUAAUGAUGCCGUAAAGAAAUUUUUACAGUUUCAAAUCACGGUCAACAUCACAGCCGUUCUUGUCACCUUCGUCUCCGCCGUAGCCGAUGACGAUGAGGAAUCGGUUCUCACAGCUGUUCAGCUUCUGUGGGUCAAUCUCAUCAUGGACUCAUUCGCUGCGCUGGCUCUAGCAACCGACCCCCCAACCGAUACCAUUCUUGACCGGAAACCGGAACCCAAAUCCGCUCCAUUAAUCACGAUAACCAUGUGGAAAAUGAUAAUAGGACAGUCGAUCUAUCAGCUUGUCGUCAUAUUCAUUCUCAAUUUCGCAGGGGAAAAUAUUCUUAAUUACGAAUUUAGCGGAGGGAAUGCCGAGAAUGAAAUGGGUCGCUUCAAAGCCCUUAUUUUCAACACGUUCGUUUUUAUGCAGAUAUUCAACCAAUACAAUUCGCGACGUAUUGACAAUGGUUUCAAUAUAUUUGAAGGAAUACUUCACAAUGCAUGGUUCAUCGCCAUUCAGUUUGUUAUCGUCGCUGGUCAAGUCCUUAUCAUCUUCGUUGGCGGCGAAGCAUUCCAUACAAAGCCCCUGAAUGGCGUCGAAUGGGCCGUCUCUAUCAUCCUAGGCCUCUUGUCGAUGCCCAUGGCUGUUGUUAUUCGACUGAUACCGGACGAGUUCAUCCAGAAGUUAAUCCCUCAGAGGUGGGCUCGCAAGAAGACAAGUCCACAAGUUGUCGUCUCAGACGAGGAUCGCUUCGAGUGGAACCCUGCUCUACAGGAAAUCAAAGAUCAGCUGGCAUUCCUCAAAACCGUCCGUGGAGGACGACUUAAUCACUUAAAGCACAAGCUAAAGCAUCCGGAACACUUGAUCCCAAGGUCCAGGAGUGGUUCAAGGUCGCGGGAUAGCUCUAUGCCACAGACACCGGUCGACGGAGCCCAAGACGCCUUUCCAUCGCUGGCCUCGGGAACUCUGGAAUCACGCUCUCGCAGCAGCCGGUCGCGAUCCAACUCAAAUCUGAGGCCGGCAGCGGUGAUGGCAGGUGUAGUUGCCGGUAGUAUCGGAGGUUGGUCGCCUGUGGGACGAAGUCCAGGAGAGGCAGACGCUUUCAAGCUUUCACCCUCCAGUCGACAUUCGGGUCUCGGGCAGCAUCAGGGAGUUGAAGUCCAUCCUGAUACAAGAGAAGAUGACCCGGUAAUCAGUGACUACCCAUAUUCCACUCGCGUUCCUCCAAGUCAAAAUCCAGACUUGGCACCUGAUUUCCCCCAUAGCCCUUCCCAUUCGGGCCCGCCGAGUCGCGGCCGACGAUCUACUUCGAGACAAUCAAGGCAGUCACCCAAUAAUAAUAACACUCCCCCAAGCCCAGCUGCUCCGCAGUCCUAA